AUGGCGCCCUCCGUUAAACUCAUUGAAAAGCUCGACGAAUUAUACAACCUUGUCAACUCAGUCUCUCAGUGGAGUGAGCACGAGGUCAAAACCAAAAAGGAACGGCUUAUCCGAGUCUCGCUCAAGUUUCUCCAAUACUUCAAUGAGGACAAGAGCCUCACUGCCGACGAUCUUUCUCCUGUAUAUACCCAAUGGAUCAACACCGCACUCAGCGUCUCCAAGGACCCCCACUCCAUAGACCUCAAGCUCCUCGACAACCCUGACUUCAAAAAAAAACCGCCUCUUCUCGUUAAAUAUCCACUCUCCUCAACCGUCCCGCCUAACACCAACGUCAAAACUGAGAAAACCCAAAAGAAGCAGGAUUCAGGUCGGACGAAGAAGCAUGUGGUCUUCCAGGACGACCAGGACGCUUCUAAAUCAUCGGUCACCAGGUCUAAAACCUCGCCUUCUGAUUCCUCGGGCAAGGCCAAAUCCUCAAUGGCGUCGACAGCUCAAGGACGCAAGCGGCCGUUGCCCGAAGACGAUGCCCCGCCCCAAGAGCAGCCAUCUACUCACGACACUCACGAACCUUCCUCCAAAAAGCCCAAGGCAGCUACGCCUCCACCUGUCGCUCGGCCCAGACCCCGACCCAUUCCAAAACCAUUAAAGCCGGACCAGCCAUCCGACAAAACAUCAAACAUGUUCGAUAAGAAUCCAUACCCGCCCAAGCGUUCCCCGUUGCCUCAACAACGCCCACCCACCAACUCGUACCCAUCGAACGACGAAGUAGAGAAGGAUCAGUCGGCCCAGGAGCCAGUCUUACGGUUGCGGUCGCAUUCGCCUGACUCAGAUAAAGCAAAUGAUGACGAAAGCAAGCAUUUCGGGCGCCGACUCCCGUUACCGCGCUCCUCUGACCUCCCCCAAGGAAACCUUCCUCAUGAUGUGGCGCAACUCCACCACCUCUACAGCCAGUUAUCCGCCAAACUCAACGAAACGGAAGGUCAGACGCGCGCCCUUAUGGAAUACUACCACGCAGAACGACGUCAGCUACUGGACGACAAUGCCUCCCUUCGAAAGCAGCUGCUCGACAACCAGCUCACUUUCCGAUCGCACGAGAACCAGAUCAAGGUACUGCAGGGUUAUACCGACGAACUCGAGGAACGCAUCUCCGACUUGGAGCAUCAUGGGAACGAGAAACCUUCCCAAGUAAUUCACGGUCGGUUGGACAAGGUCGAGAGGAAGUGCGCCGAGCUUGACAAGGAGCUCAAGGCGCAAAAGGCCGCGUUUGAAUUCGACGUUUCCAACUUCAUCGAUAUGCAAGGCCACCCUGGGCAAGCAGGACCCCACCUGUACAACCAUCCGGAGGUGUAUCCGCCGAUUCCACAGACUCACCCCAUCAUCCAAAAUAAUACCCAACCACCCAAUACCCACUCCGAUUCUCCCAUCCCUCUCGUCCUUCCUGAUACUCGUCCAGCCAUUGCCCCAAACCCCCAAACCACUCAUUCCCAGCCUCAGGGUUCGCAAGUACAUCAACUCGCACCACACGGUCCUAAUACCCACACUCACCCUCAAGCCCCUCCCGAUACACAUCCUCCCGGCCCACAAAUCGCUCUUCCCCAGUCUGGCAACUCGCAAGCGCAUCAUGCCAUCCCACAAGGUCCCAUGGCUUCCUUCAACAAUCCCAAUGCCCCUACCUUUCCUAACCCCGGACCGAAUCAUUCACAUAGUUCAGGGGAACCUGUCUCAUCGCACCACCAGCAGGGUUCCCGAUCAGCGACCCCAAUCAACCGAGGGGAGGGAGGAAGCACCAAGGAAUGA